AUGGCAUCCCGAGCAGCCCUCUCCAAGGUCAUCCGACCCACCUCUUCAUCCAUCCGAGCUUUAUCGUCUUCCUCAUCGGCUGCCGCUGCAGGAAGCAAGAUCGCCUCGAGGAACGCCCUGUUAUCUACCCCCUUGGCUAGGGUAGCGAGGUCAGAACCUAAAUGGUUGGUCGGAGCUGAACAACGAAGGUUGGCUAGUAGUGAUGAGGGUGUUACUCAGAUGACCGUCAGAGAAGCCCUCAACUCUGCUAUGGAAGAAGAGAUGAACAGGGACGAAACUGUUUUCAUCAUGGGUGAAGAAGUUGCCAGAUACAAUGGUGCUUAUAAGAUCACCAAAGGUUUAUUGGAUAAAUUCGGAGAAGAUCGAGUGAUCGAUACCCCUAUCACCGAAUCUGGUUUCGCUGGUAUGGCUGUCGGUGCAGCUUUAGCAGGUCUCCGACCAGUUUGCGAGUUCAUGACCUGGAACUUCGCAAUGCAAGCUAUCGACCAAAUCGUCAACUCGGGUGGUAAGACCUACUACAUGUCUGGUGGUAACGUUCCAUGUCCAGUCACUUUCCGAGGUCCCAAUGGUGCUGCUGCUGGUGUAGCUGCUCAACAUUCCCAAGAUUACUCAGCAUGGUACGGUUCCGUCCCUGGUUUGAAGGUCAUCUCCCCUUGGUCUGCCGCAGAUUGCAGAGGGUUGUUGAAGGCUGCUAUCAGGGAUCCUAACCCCGUCUGUUUCCUCGAGAAUGAACUUCUUUACGGUGUUUCCUUCCCAGUCACCAAAGAAGAGCUCUCUGAAGAUUUCCUCUUACCAAUUGGUAAAGCCAAGGUUGAAAAGGAAGGAUCAGACGUCACCGUCGUCACUCACUCCAAGAUGGUCACUCACUCGCUCGAAGCUGCCGAAUUACUCGAGAAGAAUGAAGGUAUCAAAGUUGAAGUUAUCAAUUUGAGAUCGAUCAGACCUCUGGAUAUUGAUACAAUUAUCAAAUCAGUCAAGAAGACGAAUCACUUGGUCACUGUGGAAGGUGGUUUCCCAGCCUUCGGUGUCGGUUCUGAGAUCAUUGCUCAGAUCUGUGAAUCUCCUGCAUUCGAUUACCUUGAUGCUCCACCUGAAAGAGUCACCGGUGCCGAUGUCCCUACUCCUUACUCUGAAUCUCUCGAACACAUGGCUUUCCCCGAUACCGAUAUCAUCGCCAAGGUCCUCAAGCGACACCUUUACCGACAAUAG